UGACGACCACCUGCUGAUCAGGUGGUCGUUGAGGACCGUGCUAUCUGUUGUUCCUCCGUGCCUCUUACCGAGCAAAGGAACACCAUGAAGAGUGUCGUUCCUUUAGCACUGGCUCUUGCGGCCGUGCUAAUGCUAGGGCCUGCAACAACCUUCGCCGAUACAGAAAAUGAAGCUGGCAAUGAACUGAGGGCUGCUGUAACCCGACUCCAGGUGGCCCUCAAUCAGCAGUCAGAAGUGCUCCGAAGUCUGUUAAAAACGAAGUUCUUUGAACCUCGCUGCCCUUACCCCUUCAGUAAUGUCAUGGACGAAUGCUUCUUCGUGAGUAACUUUAAGCUCUAUUGGCAUGAAGCGCACCUCCAUUGCCUUGGAAUGGGGGCCGAUCUGGCAAUGCACACUCAGCUCCACGCGCUCAAGACCUUCGUCAUACAAGAAUCAUUUCGAAGUGGCUCUUUGUGGCUUGGAAGUACAGACGAAGAGAUUGAGGGGGAGUGGAAGUGGCUUGACGGAGAGCCCAUCGAUGAAGGCCUGUGGGCAGAGGGAAAUCCGAACAACAAAAACGGAAAUCAACACUGCCUCGUCAUGACCGUUCAACAAACCCCGUCCUUACGAAACGUUGAUUGCAGUUUGCUUUCCUACUUUGCGUGUCACUACAAACGCGAAGGAGAAGACACCAUAUGAAUGAUUUAAUGCAGCAGGCGGAGGAGACAAUUCCGAAUGCGACAAGGAAUAGAUUGGGAAUGUAGUUAUAUAUCAAAGUAAAGUGUAGGAAAGGAAAAAUCACGAAAGCCUGAAGGGAGGGAUUGAUGACUAAUUCGUCGAAAAUAAUAACGGACAAUAGCGAGGAGGUGAGUGUUUCGAUCCCGUCUCGCCUUUACUGUUAUGGUAUCUAUUAUUAUGAUUAUUCUUGAUUUAUAAUUCGUAGGCAAAGGGAAAGUGUAAAGUUAACCUUAGAAAUGAAUUAAUUUAGUAAAAGGAUAUUCCUAUUAUUUUCUUAUAUUCGUUAUUGCUUUUGUUAAGGAACCGAUGGUAGUAUGCCACCUGUUCAUUAUCAUUUGAUUAUAAAAUA